AUGGCAAAUCUUACCAAACGUGAAUUUGUAGCUUUAGAUAUAUCCGGCAAUACCUAUAUGUCUUGGAUUCUUGACGCCGAAAUUCACCUUAAUGCGAUGGGUCUGGCAGACACCAUCAAAGAUAAAAAUGAGGCAUCAAACCAAGACCGUGCCAAGGCAAUGAUAUUCCUUCGCCAUCACCUUGAUGAGGACUUGAAAAUGGAAUAUCUCAACGUUAAAGAUCCUCUUACUCUGUGGAAUAAUUUAAAAGAUAGAUAUGACCACCUGAAGAUGGUCAUACUUCCACAAGCACGUUUUGAUUGGCUCCAUUUAAGGCUACAAGAUUUUAAAUCUAUUAAAGCAUAUAAUUCUGCCAUGUUUAAAAUUAUUUCUCGGUUGAAAUUAUGCGGUGAAAAUAUCCUUGAUCAUGAUAUGCUUCAGAAAAACAUUUUCCACUUUCUCGCCUCGAGUAUGCUCUAG